GUGUUAGGUAUCAGAAAGACUCCGCAGGAACGAGCAUUUCGGCGAGAAAAAAAAAACGAAUAGGAGUUUUAAGUCCCUGAACCCUCCCACAGAGGAGAUAUAAGGGAGAGUGUCAAGACUGAAAUCUGCAUUCCUCUAAUGUGGUCAUCUGAAGACGGACAGCGACUGCACUACUGCUAACCACUCAACCUGAUCAAGCCUGUUCACAAGCCAGCACGGAGUAGGAGGAGACAGGCACCGUAGUGUAAGAGGUGCUGAAAACCUUCUUCGUUGUCUCGAUUCAUUUUCUACGUUUUUGGGAUGAUAAUGCAGGACUGACCAUACUUAAAAACAGACAGCAUUAUUAUUUCGUUUAUUUGGAAUUUAGGUGGAGAGGAGGACCUAUUUUAAAUAUCCGGUUACCAGGAAUAACAUUCAACAAAUAAAAGUGGGAUCUCUCUCAGAAUUUGAAGGAUUGGGCACCCGAAUUAGAACAUCUCAGCACCAUGGCACUGCUGGACACAGAGUUUGGGGUGAAGGGCAGCAGCAUCAUCAGGGAGUGGAGUGGACAGGUCCAGCCAGCUCUGGUCGCCUCCUUUGUUUUCCUCUUCUGUCUAGAAGCCUGUCUAUGGGUCAGGAAUCUCAGACUCAAGAGAAGGCUGCCAGGACCCUUUGCCUGGCCGGUGGUGGGCAAUGCCAUGCAGCUGGGGCAGAUGCCUCAUAUCACCUUCUCCAAGCUGGCAAAGAAGUACGGCAACGUGUAUCAGAUACGACUGGGCUGCAACAACAUAGUGGUGCUCAAUGGAGACACAGCAAUACGAGAAGCCUUGGUUCAACAUAGCACAGAGUUUGCAGGCAGACCCAACUUUGUGUCUUUUCAGUCAGUGUCUGGUGGUAACAGCAUGACAUUCUCUAACUACAGCAAACAGUGGAGGACUCACCGGAAGAUCGCUCAGUCCACCAUUAGAGCUUUCUACUCUGCCAACAGCCAGACCAAAAAAAUAUUUGAACAGCACGUUGUGGCAGAGGCUACUGAGCUCAUUGAAGCUUUCCUCAAACUCAGUGCUGAAGGACAGUUUUUCAACCCUGCUCACGAACUGACAGUAGCUGCUGCUAAUGUAAUCUGUGCCCUGUGCUUUGGAAAGCGUUAUGGCCAUGAUGACAUGGAGUUUAGAACCCUUUUGGGCAGCGUGGACAAGUUUGGAGAGACGGUGGGGGCUGGCAGCUUGGUGGAUGUCAUGCCCUGGCUUCAAUAUUUCCCAAAUCCUGUCCGCAGGGUCUACCAGAGCUUCAAAGACCUCAAUAAAGAGUUUUUCACCUUUGUGAGAGACAAGGUGAUGGAGCACAGGGAGACGUUUGACCCUGAAGUGACCCGGGACAUGAGUGACGCCAUUAUUCAGGUAAUUGACAAGGCAGACAGUGAUACCGGGUUGACGGAGGCCCACACAGAAGGGACAGUGUCCGAUCUGAUUGGUGCAGGACUGGAUACUGUGUCAACUUGCCUUCAUUGGAUGCUCCUUUUAUUGGCAAAAUACCCCAACAUCCAAACCAGACUGCAGGAGCAGAUUGACAAAGUGGUAGGCCGUGACAGGCUGCCCUGUAUUGAGGACAAAGCCAGCCUGGCUUACCUAGAUGCUGUUAUCUAUGAAACCAUGCGCUAUACCAGCUUUGUACCCCUCACCAUCCCACACUCCACCACCUCAGAUGUCACCAUUAAAGGCUUCCACAUCCCCAAAGACACAGUGGUCUUCAUUAACCAGUGGUCUGUCAACCACAACCCUUUAAAGUGGAAGGACCCACAUCUUUUUGACCCCUCACGGUUCCUCAAUGAAAAUGGUGCCCUUGACAAGGACCUGACCAACAGUGUGUUGAUAUUCUCAGCAGGGAAGAGGCGAUGUAUCGGUGAGCAGAUCGCCAAAGUGGAGGUUUUUUUAUUUUCUGCUAUUUUGAUUCACCAGUGCAGCUUUGAGAAUAACCCAAGUCAGGACCUCUCCUUAGGCUGCUCCUAUGGGUUAACACUGAAGCCCCUGAACUACAAGAUCUCUGCCAAGCUCAGAGGAGAAUUACUUAAUGGGGCAUAAAAUCUUGUGAUUUGUGUUUAAUAACAGAGCACCCACUAAUGGACUGCAGUAAUCCAAUACACUAUAAAAGGUAUGUACACAACAGUGAAUUGCUUUGCUUGGUAGGUACCAACCAUAAGACUUAUAUUGAUACGUAUAUUGAUACUUUACUAUUAUUAUCAUUAGCUAAACUGAUUGUUGAUUGUAUAAAUUACUUUUUGUGACAGAUAUCUGAAUCAUGUUUGUUAUUUUUAUUAUUUUAUUGCACUGGCUAUACAGUUGAAGUCGGAAUUGUACAUACACCUUUGCCAAAUUCAUUUAAACUCAGUUUUUCACAAUUCCUGACAUUUAAUCCUAGUAAAAAUGCCGUGUCUUAGCUCAGUUAGGAUCACCACUUUAUUUUAAGAAUGUGAAAUGUCAGAAUAAUAGUAGAGAGAAUUAAUUAUUUCAGCUUUUAUUUCUUUCAUCACAUUCCCAGUGGGUCAGAAGUUUACAUACACUCAAUUAGUAUUUGGUACAUUGCCUUUAAAUUGUUUAACUUGGGUCAAACAUUUCGGGUAGCCUUCCACAAGCUUCCCACAAUAAGUUGGGUGAAUUUUGGCCCAUUCCUCCUGACAGAUCUGGUGUAACUGGGUCAGGUUUGUAGGCCUCCUUGCUCGCACACGCAUUUCAGUUCUGCCCACAAAUUGUCUAUAGGAUUGAGGUCAGGGCUUUGUGAUGACCACUCCAAUACCUUGACUUUGUUGUCCUUAAGCCAUUUUGCCACAACUUUGGAAGUAUGCUCAGGGUCAUUGUCCAUUUGGCAGACCCAUUUGCGACCAAGCUUUAACUUCCUGACUGAUGUCUUGAGAUGGUGCUUCAAUAUAUCCACAUAAUUCUCCCUCCUCAUGAUGCCAUCUAUUUUGUGAAGUGCACCAGUCCCUUUUGCAGCAAAGCAACCUAACAACAUGAUGCUGCCACCCCCGUGCUUCACGGUUGGGAUGGUGUUCUUCGGCUUACAAGCCUCCCCCUUUUUCCUCCAAACAUAACGAUGGUCAUUAUGGCCAAAGAGUUCUAUUUUUGUUUCGUCAGACCAGAGGACACUUGUACAAAAAGUACGAUCUUUGUCCCCAUGUGCAGUUGCAAACCGUAGUCUGGCAUUUUUUGGAGCAGUGGCUUCUUCCUUGCUGAGCGGCCUUUCAGGUUAUGCGAUAUAGGACUCGUUUUACUGUGGAUACAGAUACUUUUGUACCUGUUUCCUCCAGCAUCUUCACAAGGUCCUUUGCUGUUGUUCUGGCAUUGAUAUGCUCUUUUUGCACCAAAGUACGUUCAUCUCUAGGAGACAGAACGCGUCUCCUUCCUGAGCGGUAUGACGGCUGCGUGGUCCCAUGCUGUUUAUACUUGCGUACUAUUGUUUGUACAGAUGAACGUGGUACCUUCAGGCAUUUGGAAAUUGCUCCCAAGGAUGAAUCAGACUUGUGGAGGUCUACAAUUUUUUUCUGAGGUCUUGGCUGAUUUCUUUUCAUUUUCCCAUGAUGUCAAGCAAAGAGGCACUGAGUUUGAAGGUAGGCCUUGACAUACAUCCACAGGUACACCUCCAUUUGACUCAAAUUAUGUCAAUUAGCCUAUCAGAAGCUCCUGAAACCAUGACAUAAUUUUCUGAAAUUUUCCAAGCUGUUUAAAGGCCACAGUCAACUUAGUGUUCGUAAACUUCUGACCCACUGGAAUUGUGAUACAGUGAAUUAUAAGUGAAAUAGUCUGUCUGUAAACAAUUGUUGGAAAGAUUACUUGUGUCAUGCACAAAGUAGAUGUCCUAACCGACUUGCCAAAAUUAUAGUUUGUAAACAAGAAAUUUGUGGAGUGGUUGAAAAACGAGUUUUAAUGACUCCAACCUAAGUGUUUGUAAACUUCCGACUUCAACCGUAGCACAUUUCUUACAUUUGAAAUUGAGACGUUAUCCCUCCAGAUUUACAAAAAAAUAUGUAGCAAUUCAUGUUACAUAUAUCCCUCCUCAGUGUUUAUAGAAAUUGGGUGUAAACUCCAUCAAAGUAUUAUGUCACAGUAUAAUUCAAUGUAUUAGAUAAAUGAAUAAGAACAUAACCUAGAUAUAUGUGUGCAGAUUUCUACAUAAGUGUAUGUAAGAAUAAAACAUAUAUAUAUUGCUUGCAGACUAUGUGCCCACAGUUUAAAAUAAAUCUUAAGUAUCUAUUGUUAUACAUACAAGGGUAUUUAGUUUUUCCACCCUAAAUUUGCUAAUAUACACUGGUGGAAUUAAUCCAUUUUACUGUAAGUGCUUUGUUGUUGCAGUGAUGUGGACAAAUCAUGUGUUAGGCGGGUAUCGUGUUGCCCCUGUAGAUAUAUUUUAAGAAUUAUACAUCCUCUGACCCAUUCUGAUAUGUAUUCAUGGUGUUUUUGUCUGCAUAAGUACAUACUGUAAUAACAAUUAUAAAUGUUCAGAAUUUUCACUACACUUACAUAAUUCCAUUGUAUUAUGAUGACUUAUACAUGUACUGUAUGCAAUCUAUAGUGCCUGAACUCCAUGCAAUAAAUCCUAUACACCUUC